ACGACGGCGUGUCGGAUGUCUCCUCGACGGACCUUGUUUGCGAUACCACUGUUAUUCGUGCUCUCGGGGCCAAAGUUUCGUUGCUUCUGGACGACCACCACGAUCCGGUCGCCUGCAGUAAUGUAAUCAUAUAGGAAAUCAUGUUAGAUGCGUAUUCAAACCAACAGGCAGAGAUCGGUGGAGAAUCACGCACCGACCGUUGCUGGACGCUUCUUUUUCAGAACGUUCACGCAUUCGACCACGGCGGCACCGGAGUUGUCGAUGCAAUUCAGCAUCGUCUUUAAUUGAAUCAUCUUGUCUGUCUGCCGUGGUUCUCAAAAAUACCCCCGAAUACAAAUGGAAGCCCAAUCCAUGUCGGCGCUCCGAGAGAUUUCCAGGCGGAUCCCGGGUAGGAAAGUUUCCCCGACCGCCGGCCCCAGAGAGGCAACCAAUGACGGGCCUGCAUUUCCAGGCAGUCAUAGCCCAGUCUGCCUGCCUGCCUGAGACUCUCUCCAUCAUCGCCUCAGGUACUCUUUGUCUUCGUAAAUGUAGCCCAGCCCCCUUCACCUGUCAGAUGCGCUCAUAUUACUACUCCCUAUUCACAUUGGGUCUGGCUUUCACUUCCAUUAUGAUUGUUGACCUGGAAUCCACUGUGUUUCCUUCGUAAUUGUAUUAGACACCACGCUCCUUUGGGGAAAUUUUUUCUCCCCUCAAAAAUAUACUGUACUGGGUGGGAUCCCCCCCCCCAUUUUCCGCUCUCCCGCUCUGUUCCCCUGGACGCAUUGACCCUUCUUAACACCCAGACAAUUCGCAACACUCCCUCAACACGCACUCCUCUUGGAUUUUAUGGGGGUUCUGUGAUCUCGUAAAUUACGAUGCCGUCCUCGAAGGCGCGAUCUAGUCCCUCUGUGGACCGGCGCGACCGUCUGACGCUCGCAAAACUGGCCAGCUAUG